AUGAGUCAUGUUAUACCAAAAGAUUCUCAAAUAUAUUUAGAAUCGAAAAAGGCAAAUAAUAUCCUUAAAUAUUCAAAAAAUUGGGUAGAGGAUGAAAUGCUACGUACUUGCAUAAGUGCUGGAUUACCUGAAAACUAUGAUUUCGAAAUAGGGAAAACAAUAAAUCGAAUAGUAGAGCUUAAAGCAAGUAGACCAGAGGAAGAUUUAGAGAAAGAGUUUACUGUAUAUCUUCAAAUGCCUGAGGGGUUACUUAUAUUUUCUGAUGCCUUAUCUUCUAUUAUUGAGCAUUUUGCUAAGGUUAAUGUGGUUAUUUUAGGUGAUAUUACUUAUGGAGGAUGCUGUAUAGAGGAUCAACUGAUGAGAUGUAUAGAAAUGGCACACUGUAGUGAUAUGAAUUCUUCACUACUUGUCCAUUAUGCACAUUCCUGUUUAAUUCCAAUGGAUGAGCUAACAACCUAUCAAUGCCCAGAUAUACCAAAUAUACUAUAUGUUUUUGUAGAAAUUCAUCUUUCCAUACAACAUUUUGUAAAUACUGUUAAACAAAACUUUCAUAAAAAAACUAAAUUAUCCCUUUUAUCAACUAUCCAGUUUCACAGUACCAUAAUUAACGGUACUACAGAAUUGAAUGAACACUUUUCCAGUCCUGUUGAAAUUUUAUCAUGUGAUCCAUUAGCAUUAGGAGAGACUCUUGGUUGUACUAGUGCAAUUCUUCCUGAUUAUAUUGAUGUGUGCAUUUUUGUAUCUGAUGGAAGAUUUCAUCUUGAAAGUGCAAUGAUGCAAAAUCCGCAUGUAGAAUUCUAUAGAUAUGACCCUUUUUCUAAGAAGAUUACAUUGGAGAAAUUUAACCACAUAUUACUUCAUGAGAAUAGAAAAAGUGCGAUAAAAUCAUCAUUUAAUAUAAUUAAGGAAAAAUCUAAAUCAGUUGGACACAAUUUUGUAAAUAUCGCCUUACUAUUUAGUACUUUAGGGCGACAAGGAAGCUUCGCUAUAAAGGAAAGACUCCAGGUAUUAGUAGAUGAACACAACAACAAGACUGUUGAACUCUUACCACUUCAUUUAAGCACUAUGAUGCUCUCUGACCUUUCCACUGAAUAUAUUAAUGGUAAAGUUUUAAGUGGAGUCGAUUUAGCUAUACAAUUGGGAUGUCCACGCUUGUCUACAGAUUGGGGAUUAUACUAUGAUAAACCAAUUUUAAACUCAUAUGAAGGCUUUAUUUUACUUGGAAACUUAUCUAAAGGGAAUUAUGAAUAUCUUUUGACAUUCCAAAGUUUGUCUAGCAAGGAAAAUCCUAAAUUUUUAUAUCGUGAGAUUUAUCCAAUGAAUUACUGGGCUAUGAAGGGUGAUAUCUGGUGCAACUAUUAUGCUGGGGAGUCACGUAAUGGUACAUACACCUCAACUACUGAGCAAAAGCAGAUAAAUAGAGAGAAGAUGAGGAGGCAAAAGUUGAAACUACUAAAUCUAAAGAAAAUAGACGUCAAAUAUGACUCCUAA